UGAAAGAGUUACAGGAGCUGCUGGCAGAGGAGCUAGAUCCCGAAAUUAGUCUGUUGUGAAUGCAAAAAAAGGGGGUUCCACGUUAUGUUCUAGGAACUGCAAAAAUUCCUCUGGUGCGAAAUGCUUAAGGUUGCUCUUUUCUUUUUUUAUAGCCUAUAGUGCGUUUGUUUUCAGAACCUAAACACGUCUGAACAUCAGACCAGUGGGCAAAAUCGUAGCCUAUAUGUUUUAAUGAUGACUGAAAGUAAGUCGGAUGCGAAGUAUUUUGACAAGCAGGGUUUUACUGUCGAAUGAUAUUUGAAAUGAUAAACAGUAGGCUAUCCUACAAUUCCCAGUGUGCAACAGCCGGAAUUAAAACAAAGACAGACAAUCGGGAAGUCCCAUAAUCGUUUAGUUUACUUUCAUUUUCACUUCUUUUGCUGAGUAACGGCUGCGUAUUUCGUAGGCUAUACGAAUAACGUUGUGAUAUAAGUGGCAAGAAAGGUCCAUUGCAUAUUGCACGUCUAUUAAUGAUCAACGGUUUACAUAAUUUAUCUACAAAAUAUUUCUUGUGUAACCAAAUUGCCUAUACUUUCGCAUUGUUACAAUGACGUCCAUGGACAUGAGCCCCGCGUCAAAGAAACAGGUUGAUGGCUUUUGCAAGAAGCUCACCUCAGAGGCAGAACAGCUGAUCUCAACAUUCUUCCCUCAAAAAAUUGCAGAGAUGGAUGCCCUGUUGAAGUCUUCUCUCAGUCUGGAAGACAUGACUGCACUGAAGGCUCCCCUUGACAUCCCAAUCCCAGACCCAGCCAAGGAAGAACUCAAGAGGAAGAAGAAAGAGGAGAAAGAGGCCAAGGAAGGAAAGAAAGACAAGGACAGUGAUAAAGAAGAUGAAGAUGCUGGUCCUCCCUGUGGUCCCAUUGGCUGCAAUGAGAGGCUGGAAGCUCUGCUGAAGGAGAUUAAGCCUCACAUCCAGACCCUGAAGGAGAAAUUGAACACGGUGUCGAUGUGGGUGCAACUUCAGAUCCCCAGAAUUGAGGAUGGGAAUAACUUUGGCGUGGCAGUUCAGGAGAAAGUGUUUGAGCUGCUGACCAACACUCGAACCAAGAUUGAGGGAUUCCAGACACAAAUUUCAAAGUACUACAGUGAGAGGGGUGAUGCGGUGGCCAAAGCCUCCAAACAAGCACAUGUGGGAGAUUACAGGCAGCUUGUUCAUGACCUGGACCAGUAUCAGUAUGGCGAGCUUCGCAUUGUUGUUCUGGAGAUCCGCAACACAUACGCUGUGUUGUAUGACAUUAUCAACAAGAACUACGACAAAAUCAAGAAACCCAGGGGAGACUGCAAGGCUCUCAUCUACUGAGGACAGGAGAACAAACCACACACACACCUUUUUACAUUGGAAGUGAAACAUACCUUCUUAUGUGUCGUUUUGAGAUGCCAUUUGAUCCCUUUAGCAGUGAGAAAGUGCUCAUAGUCAUUUUCAGUUUCAGAAACCACUGUGCUGUAUUAGAAUGCUUUAAUGCCAUUUACAAAAUAAAACAAUUAUUAUAUUA